UGAAACAAGCAAUCGAAACUGGUACCAGAGAAGUUCGUCAUUUGGCGACCGAAGUAGGAAACGAAGUGAAAAAGACGGCCGAUAAUAACAAGGUCAAUUCACCUUUACCCGCGGACGUUGGUUCUGAAAUUCAAAAAGUUGCCACUAUUCUAACUGGCUUCACUGACCCAACUAAUGCAGAGGGCGGUCUUGAUAAUGUCAUACCAGCAGAGGUUAUUAAAAAUGCGAAAGGUCUCGCUGUAUUCACUGUCGUCAAAGCUGGUUUCGUAUGGUCGGGAAGAGUAGGGUCUGGAUUGGUUAUUGCUAGAUUAGAAGACGGAAGUUGGUCUGCUCCAUCGUCCAUCAACAUUGGUGGUGUGGGUUUCGGCAUGCAAGUAGGCGCUGACGUAACCGAUUUCGUGAUCGUUCUUAAUACACCCGAGGCAGUCAAAGCCUUUAGUCGUGGCGAGAACUUGACACUCGGUGGCAAUCUAUCAGUAUCUGCUGGUCCUGUUGGCAUUGGCGGAGAAGUCUCUGGAAGCGUGGUUGAACGUGCUGCUUUGUGGUCAUAUAGUAAAUCAAAGGGACUCUUUGCUGGCAUAUCUGUUGAGGGUACCGUCAUAAUCGAGCGUAAAGACGCCAACAAGAAAUUCUACGGACGAGACGUUACCGCAACGCAAAUUCUCUCGGGUGAGGUUGAAACUCCACCGCUCGUAGCCAACAUCCUUUACGAAGUCAUCAAACGCGCCGAAUCACGCAAGACAGCAGAAGAAGAAGCAGCUGCCCCCCC